CUCGCGGCCGGAGCGGGGAGGCAGCCAGGAGUCGCUCGCUGCUAUGUCGGCGUUAGCUUUGGAGGAGCUGUCUGCCGUUGCAGCUAUUUACUGCGGGCGAGAAGAAUGCGAGGUGCUGGAAGUGUCAGAAACAAACGGAAUCUCCUUCAGGAUCCAGACCAGCGUGAAAGGACCUUCGGGUGCAGACGUAUUGUUAAAGUUGUUGUUUCAUCUACCACUCAGUUACCCAUCAAGCUUGCCAAACAUCUCUCUUAAUUCUGAACAACUUACCAGGACACAGUGCCUGGCUGUGAGAGCAAGAUUGCUUGAAGAAGCAGCAAGUCAUUUGUCUCAGCCCAUGGUACAUGACUUGGUCCUCUGGAUAGAGCAGAAUUUUCAAUCUGUUAUUAAAGAAGCUGAAAUUCCAUCCUGCAGUGGGCAAAAUACUCCGUCAGUGAAAACACCCGAGGAUGAAGACAUCUGGACUGUCCUUUUACAUUUAGACCAUAUGAGAGCCAAAGGGAAAUAUAUCAAAAUGGUUGAAAAAUGGUGCAGAGAUCUUGACUUGGCGGGAAGACUGAUGUUUAUGGGCAAGAUGAUUCUCAUACUACUUCAAGGAGACAAGCGGAACAUUAAGGAAUACCUUAUUCUCCAAAAAACUAGCAAAGUGGAUGUGGAUUCAAGCGGAAAGAAGUGUAAAGAGAAAAUGAUGAGCGUACUCUUUGAAACAAAAGUGGAGGCUGAACACAGAAGGUUUCAGGCAUUUGAAGUCAAAGAAUAUUCAACGUUGGAUGAUCUACAACGUGAAUUUGAGGCCACAGGACUCGCAAAACUGUUCAGUGAGUUUGUGUCAGCUCAGUUAAAGUAAGUUUGAAGCAAGACCACAUGGCUGUGACUUAAAACUGUCAUCGAAUAUAUCAAAUGGAAGAGGAAGAUAACUCAGAAGGUUUGGUUAUGAACAGGUCCUAAAGGUUUUCUGAAGCAAACUGUCAAACAAAAAAAACAAAAAAAAGCCAUCUCCUUACAGAAAGCACGAGGCACUUUUCACAGUAGAACAGAUGUUUCUUUGCUGUGUGCCCUGACAGCAUUUGGCUAGGAACUGUUGAAAGUUUCAAUAGUUGAUAUUUAAAAACUGUAGGUCGGGUGUGAAGGGAUUGCUGUUGUCCUUGGGAUUUGGAAACCUAAUUUUGUGUGUGUGUAUGUGUUUGUGUGUGUAUAGGCUAUUCUGCAUGGGUAUUCAAAACUUCAAAAAAAUUUCUACUUGCAUUUUUUGGUGUUGUGUUCCACCAGACGCGGCCAGCAGAUGGCGCUGGGUGACGCGCCUCUGAUUGGUCAAGACGCGCCUGCCGGUCGGCGGGAGAAAUGCGGACAUGCCAUUGGUUCCCCGUCUGACAGCUACAAGUAUAAAUAGCUGUCAGACGGGGGUUUGCUUGCUUUUUGCCUGUCAGUAGUUGCUUGUUAAUAAAACAUUUACUGUUCUUGCCGCCUCCUCAGUUAUUGACGCCUCAGAUUAUAAAA